AUGCACAAGCGCUUCAAGCGGGAACAACACUCGCACAACAAAGAGUGCUGUCAGCGCGUAAAUGAGCUGAGGGUGGAGCUAAGCACUUGCCGCGAUGGUAAUAUUAAAAACGAUAGUAACAUCCGGAAAGCUGUGGAAGCCAGAAGCACCAGCUUAGUUGCCAAGUGCAUUCUACAUCACAAAACAGCCCUCCCCAGUGCGGCAUUGCUACUUUCUCUACCCCGGCAUCACAUUCUCCACGACUCCUGGGGGAAAAACAAGCGUCGAGUGCAAAAGAUGUACAAUAAAAAAAUAAACACAUGA